AUCCAGAUUCGCAAUUAGAGCGAAUAUAUCAAAACAUGAGCCCAGACUACCGAAUCUUUAUCAGACGUCGAGAUUUUUCAAGCUUAGAGCAAUUAAAAAUACUUGCUGAUGACUUCGAAGAGCUUCGCAGAGAACAGCAUAAAGUAAAUCGGAGCGGUAUACGAGGAGAAACUAUGGGCAGGUGCAUCGUAGUGGAGUCCCCAGAAACGAUGUCAUUGCAAAAUACUAUGAGAUGCAUACCCACUACACCAAUACGGAAUAAACUUAUCCAGCAUCAUAAAUCAGAGCUACCUAUCUUGAACAAGCAACAGAACCGACCGGCGGCAAAGCAAACAACAGCAGUAAGAACUAGAAUUACCAGUCCAUCAACAGAAUUAUUACCUAAGCCAAGCAUAAUAACACAGCAGAAGCAACGUAAAAAUUAUUUAGAGCAGAUGUCAUGCAAAUGUCUCGUACCAUCGCAAGAUCCAGGACCAAGCAAAGAAACUCCAGAAGUGUGUGAUUUACAUCAACAGGAACUCAUACAAAUGCAAGAGAUACAACAGGUGCAAAUUGAAGAAAUACAGCGAAAACAAAAUCCAAAACCUGUCAAUAAAACUCCGGAAAUACCUAAGCAACAGUCAGUCAGACAAGAUCCACGAGUUUUUCCAGUUCAACAACAUGUCGAACAACUACAGCACGAACGGCAACGCGAGACGCCAAACAAAAGAAAUCUAGAAAGAAUUAACCUAGUCCAAGUCAUACAAGAUAAACCGACGUUUCAAAUACCACCACCACAAAAACUCCAACAUGUUACAACUACUGAAGAAUAUACACAAGUGCAAAAGGCACAUUCGCAACGAAAUCCACCGCUCCAAGAAGAACAACUUAGGAAACCAUCGACCAAAUUAGUAAGAACCUCGUUUCUUUCCAUACCUCAAGAUCAAGUACACUCAGAGACGUCGCUAAUACCGCAACAGGAAAUGCCCGUCAAGCAAUCAGAUCAAUGUCAACAGGAGAUUAAAGUCAUCGAAAAUAAAACUACACAACAUCGAAUGACUCACAAAACCCCAAGUCCCAUUCAAGAAUCACAACGAGUUUCACAUCAAGGAAAAGAUAAUUCUACUCAACUGAGAGAAAAAGUAAAUAUCCCUAUGAUGCAAAUAAAAGAACAAUGUCUCAGAAGUUGGAAUUCUUCCAGCAAUCGAACUCAGCAAAAGCAAAUGGAAAGUCAAGGUGAACUCCAGCAGAGCGAUCACGACUAUAUUAACACGCAUCAAGACAAGUUUUACAAAGUGUUUAAAUCUUCAAAGAAACGAAAUAGAAAUCACUCAAGCAGGUAGUGGUUCAGAUCCAGUUAACUUUCCCGAAGAAGGAGGGAAAUGUAAGGAUGGAAAUUUACACUAAAUUUCCACCUACAUAAACGCUACAUAAACAUGCACUAAAAACAAUAACAACACGAACUAAAACACAUCAACACAACACAGUUUUUUAUAAAACGACACACUUUUUAUAUGGUUAUGUUCAAACUUGGAAAAAGUAGACUCACUGUCACAACCAUUUACCAAAACCCAAACCGCUUACAAGCCUUAAUAACAUCUCAAACUAAGCUGAAAUAAUAUUAAAAUGAAAUAUAAAAAUAUAAUUAAAUAAAUUAAU